UGCGGGGCAGCUAUCGUCAUCACGGUCCUAGCGCCGUCCCACACUAACACACAACACCAAUCGGCUUGUUGUUGUGCAAAUGCAGUCCUGUGCGGAGGCGCAUUUUUUGGCAUUGCAGUGAUAUUCCGUUGACUUGUUUAAGAUAUGAACAUGGCCUCCCCACAGCCUGGCAGCCCACCUCUCCAGGAGCAAUACACUCCUGUUAUCCAAGAGAAGGAGAGCUAUGAAGGGAGAAAAGAAGGUCAGCCUUUGAAGAAGCGAGGAAGAGGACGACCUCCAAAAUCCCACCUGUCAUUCAAAUGCUCGUCCUGCUCCAAAGCUUUCAGGAGUCCCUCCGUCCUCCGCAGUCAUAAGCUCUCCGCUCAUAUGAGUGAACGUUUGCAGCAACAGUCAUGCUCUCAGUGCAUGAAAACCUUCACCAACAAGGCCCAGCUCUUAAAACACGAGCGCUGUCAUUCAUCGCAGCGUCCGUUUCAGUGUGCUGAGUGUCACAAGGCCUACAAGACACCGACUGAACUACGAAACCAUAGUCGCUCUCACACCGGGGAGAAACCUUUCGUGUGCACGGAAUGUGGCAAGGCCUUCAUGCAAGCCAUUUGUCUGCGGAUCCACAUGACGCAGCACAGUGGAGAGCGCCCUUAUUCCUGUCGCCAGUGCAGCAAGAGCUACCCAACUUUGUCCAAACUGAAGGUCCACAUGCGGUUUCACACAGGAGAAAAGCCAUACUACUGCGCUGAGUGUGGGAAGAGUUUUGCAGACCCUUCUGUUUUCCGCAAACACAGGAGGAAUCACCAAGGUUAUCGUCCUUAUGCUUGUCAAGAAUGUGGGAAAACAUACACAGAACUGAAGGACCUUAAGAACCAUGAGCGCUCCCACACCGGAGAGAAACCUUUCCUGUGCUCGGACUGCGGCAAAGCCUUCUCACGUUCCUCCUCUCUGGCCUGCCAUCAACGUAUACACUCCAAAAAUAAACCCUAUCAGUGCGAGCAGUGCGGAAAAGGCUUCACCCAAUUGUCUUCCUACCAGUCCCAUCUCCGGACUCACUCCGGGGAGAAACCAUUUCUCUGCCCUCAGUGUGGAAAGAUGUUUUCAGACCCAUCGAGUUUCCGUCGGCAUCAACGAGCCCACUUGGGUUACAAGCCGUAUCCCUGCGACAAGUGUUCCAAGAGGUUCAGACAACCAGCAGAUCUAGCUGUGCACGAACGCGUUCACUCAGGAGAGCGGCCGUACAAAUGUCAGAGCUGUGACAAGGCCUUUGUGGCAUCUUGGGACCUGCGGCGACACAUGCUAGUCCACACAGGUCUGAGGCCCUUUUCUUGCACCGAGUGUGACAAGUCAUUUGCAGAGCGUUCUAGUCUUAACAAGCACCGGCGUGUACACUCCGGGGAGCGUCCCUUCAAAUGUGGCGAGUGCUCGAAGUCCUUUGUUGUGUCGUCGAGUCUGCGUAAACAUGAAAAAACUCACCUGACAGAGCAGUCUGAGGCACAGCAGCAGGAGGCAGACGCCGCGUCUGCCUCAGGCUUUACCGGCCACACCACCCUCCCUCAGUUCUCCUGCUCUCACUGCGACGCAACAUUCGGGAACUGGGAUGAGGUUCAAGUGCAUGAAAAUCUUCAUUCCAUCGACUUACCUGCUCCAACUGUUGCCAAAAUAGUUCCGGUGGGCUCGCAUGUUUGCCAGACCUGCCAGGAAGAGUUCACCCAGCUCUCAGACCUGCAGGAGCAUGAGAAGCAACAUCCUAAACUGAGGCCGCACGUUUGUGACAGCUGUGGGAAGGGAUUUCUCAACAGAUCUGGACUGCGCAAACACCAAAAGAUCCACUCUGCCAGCAAACCGCACACUUGCCCUCACUGUGGCAAAGCUUUUCUGUUCCCUGCAUAUCUUCGCAAGCACUUAAAGAUUCAUCCCCCCACUUCACCUGCCUCCACUGUUGGUGAUCUUAAUGUCAUCCACAUGGAUAUCCUUCCCUCUGCUACGACCCCAUCAGAGGCGCCGCCCGCUGCCGUAAAACCCAGCAGCAUCUCCUUGACGGUUCCAGUCACAGUGCCUGUAACUACCUUUGAGAGUCUGCCUGAGUACUUGGCGAAAGAAGGACAAUAAGUUACACGGACAAAUGUGUAGCUCAUUUUGAAAUAAAACAGAUAAUCUGGUAUGAAGCACCAACCAUUUGUGAUGUUUAGAGGGAUAUCAAAGCCUUUUGAAAUAUUCUGGGAAUGGAAUGGAACUGUUGAAUGGCUGUGAGUGAGGACACCACGAGUAGACUUUGGAGGUGCUCACGUUUGUAUCAAUAUGCCGCUGUACAUUGAAAACAAAUAUCCAAUGUCUAUACUGUAAUCACACUUACAUGUUGUCCUGUUUUCUUUUCUAUAAGGAAGGAAUUAUGUACAGAUGAAAAGAGGAAUGUGUUGAAUUAAAAAAGCCGUU